AUGACGGCUAAAUUAAUAUUUGCACUGUUUUUAACCACGAGCUUCGCAGCCGAAACACAAUUCUUAGUAAUAGACAAUGACGCGGGUGCAGAUGAUGCGAUGGCUAUAUUCUUAGCUUUACUGAACGAGAAGCAUUUUAAUGGACCAAAACUAAUUGGACUAACGACAGGCAACGGGAACACAAACGAAAAUAACGUUUGCAUCAACAAUCAAAGGAUUUUAAAAAAGGCAGGGCGACAAGAUGUACCUAUAUUUAGAGGUGCUAAAGCUUCACUAGUGACGACCCCUUACGCGGGCGAUUAUUAUGGUGUGGAUGGUCUUGGUGACAUUGGGGAGGAGCUUAAGGAUGUAGCACCACCGAGCUCUCAAGACGCAGUGCCGGCCCUCAUAGAACUAUCAAAGACACAUAAAGGAAAAUUAACGGUCAUUACUCUAGGCGCACUAACCAAUGUUGCAUUAGCUAUUACACUAGAUCCAAACUUCUUAGGACGACUGAACCAUUUGUAUAUCGGCGCUGGACAUAUAAACAGUGACGAAUUCCCUUCAGCCGAAUUCAACGCCCAUAUGGAUGUUGAGGCCUAUCACAUAAUCGCAAAACAUGCAACGCCGGAUAAAGUCACCGUCCUACCAUUCUCGCAAGUUAUGACGCAUUUAAACCUUUCCCGGGAAUGGCGGGAAGAAGUGUUGGGCGUAAUUAACACGGAUAUAGUGCGUGCGCAGAACCAGUACGAAAGGAUAACUUUGCCGCAGAGUGGCCAAUGGCACGCCCUUGACCCCGCCGUCGUCGCCCUGGUCGUGCGCCCAGACUUGGUCCAAGAGUACAAGUAUUCGAAAAAUGAUAUCAUUUUAUGUGGAGACAAAAGAGGCUUAAACACGAACACUUUCGUUGGGAGAGAUGACGCCAAUAUGAGAAUAAUUUAUUCAGUGAAGACGAAAGAGUAUCAACAAUUCUUAUACGAUGUCUUUAAUGCUGGCUCUUAA